AAAUUUGCAAGGGUUAUCGUGGAGGUCAAGGUUUGAGGAAAACGUUGAAAGUAAAUAGUUAUCAUUUGGACUUGAAUCAAACUCUUCGUCAGUCAACAACUGCGACUCAACAAAGAGGGAUCUUCAAACUAAAGAGCAAAAUGUUGGCACUAAAAUUUGUUGGAAUAAUUUGCAUCACUCAGAUUUUGUGUGCUUUUGGCGAGCCGAGAAAGAAUUUUGACUUUCCAGGUGGAUUUAGUUUUCCUAGCUGCGGACAAGUGACCGCUCCGAGCCGCCGAAAUUCAAUUAAAAAUACCGAUGCCACCCCAGGCCACAACCCUUACCAUGCAAAUAUAGUUUUCACAAACUUCCGGUCCAAGUAUCUGAAAAAGGCUCCUUGUGGAGGAACUUUGAUUUCGAAAAGGGCCAUUCUGACUUCCGGACACUGCUUGUAUGCUGGGAAUAGGCGACUGACCCCGGACCAGUUCCAAGUGACCCUUGGCGCCUACAAUGUCAACAAACCUCUGGAGGUUGCAAGACAGACAAUCAAGCCAAUUUCAACAGUGGUCCACCCGUCAUACAAUCAUUCGUCUCUUCUAGUGUUUGGUGACAAUCUUGCCUUGCUCAUUUUCAACGAAUCUGCCAUCCAAAUCACAGAAGAUGUGAAACCUGCAUGUUUGUGGAGUGACGAUUUUGACACAGAAAAAAUACUCAACGUCACUGGAGAGGUGGUUGGUUGGAGCACUGAUGCAAACGGAACUCAAAUUGACGAAUUGAAGCAAAACCACCUGCGAGUUACUUCCUCGGCUGAUUGCGAAGAAUACUUUAAAAACAAAUUCCAACCGACUGAAAAUUUCUGCAUCGCCCAUACAAAAGACCCCGAAGGCUGUGCCUAUGAUGAUGGUGCCGGAUUUGUCAUCAAUAAGAACGGACGGAAAUAUCUUAGGGGAGUUUUAAUUAACGGACUUUUGGAAAAUGACAAAAGGUUUGACGCCAAGAAGGAGAACGUUUGUGUCCAAACCAGACGCCCAUUGGUGACCGAUUUAGAUCACUACAUUGAUUGGAUCAUUGAAAAUGUCCCUGAUAUUUCUCGGUCAUAAUUUUUUUGUUUAGGGGAAAUUUGGAAAUUAUGAUGUUUAAAAGUAUAAAAAAGAAUUGAAAAAUUGAAUAAUUUUCAGGUUAAUUUAACCCUGAAACCAAUCCAA